AUGUCGACGAGACCAUCAACUCCAGUAUCUCACGCUGGCGAAGACAUGCCAUGGGAAUACACUGAACCCGCACAAGCACUCGUCAAGGGCAUGAAGAAGCUCAUGGAAGAUGGCAACGACCUCUCCGACUUCACCCUUGUGGCUGACGGCGGCAAAGAGUGGAAGGUCCACAAAGUCGUCCUCUUCAUGCACUCCGAUGUCCUCUACACCAUGAGCUCCAGCCCUACCUUCAUAGAGAGCAAGACAGGCCGCGCCGAGCUUAACGACCUCAACGGCAAGCCCCUUGAUGCACAGCUUGUCGAUGCCUUGGUCCGCUACCUCUACCGUCAAGAUUUGCCACUCCAAUGGCAAGCCAAGAGGGAACCGGGAUGGGGUAGCAUUUGCGGCGGCCACACCAUACUUACGGAGCUUGCUGAGGAAGUCGAGGAUUUGAACAUCAGCAACGGCGACGACGACGAGGACGGCAGUCAACCUCCUAUACCUACCCGCUUAACGACCCCCCUCGACGAGCUUGAAUGGCCAGAUCUUCGCCAAGCCGCCAUGGCGCACAACUUCGAGCAAGCACUCGAGUGGAAGUGGGAUGACUGCGACGCCCAUCCCAACCACGGCAUCGACUUCUUCCUUUCCAUCGCUGCCAUGGCAGACAUGUACAACAUCCAACCCCUCAAGGCCUUGGCCAUUUCUCACAUCGAGAAUUACGCCAACUGCGACAUGCCAAGCAAGCUGGAAACGGUCAUCGACAAGCUCUGCGCUGCGGAGGCAGUACCUGAUGAGGUACGUCAUGCGGUUGUCGAGAUCACCGCUUGGAAGAUUGGGAAGCUCCACACUGCAGAGGGUGGUGGAUUGCUGGAGCGUCACCCAGAGUUUGCGUUGGAGGUGUUCAAGAAAGUGGUCCAGCGCGAGAAUCAGAAGAUGGAGAGCGAGAAGGCAGCGGCGAAGAGUCGGCGCGAUGCGUGGGUCAUCCAUCUCGCCCGCCAUGAUAACUGGGCUGUUGAUGCUGAUUAUCCAUAG